AUGUUGAUGCUCAAGGAAGAAAUCUGGAGACCACUGCUAAUUGCGCUGGUAGCAAGCAUGACACAGGCAUUCGGUAUCUCAUUGCAAAGAAAGUCGCAUCUCGUCAUCGAUUCAACUAUACCACUGUACAAAAGACCUAUGUGGGUAUCUGGUUUUCUGGUUUACACAAUAUCAAAUUUAAUAGGAUCGACAUGCACAAUAGGCUAUUUACCUAUAGUGAUACUGGCUCCCAUCGGUGCCAUUGGUCUUGUAUUCAACGCUCUGUUUGCAAAGUGUAUUCUGGGUGAUCCGUUUACCAAGCGAACUGUUUUCGGCACUGGAUUGAUCGUUUUGGGGGCUGCACUCGUCGCUGGAUUCGGUACUGUACCAGAGCCUCAACACACACUCAAGGACCUGAUUGCUCUGUAUAAGCGACCUUCAUUCAUUAUUUACUUUUCGCUGGUGGAGGUGUUCACUUGUAUUGGCUUGUUCUCGACUCAUGUGAUUGAAUAUUUGAUGAAAGUAAGACCGAAUCAUUGGACACAUCCCGAUUUGAAAAUGUGGUUGGGCAUUAGUUACGGUGUGUUUGGAGCCAAUAUCAGCAGCCAAGCCAUGUUGUUUGCCAAAAGCGGCUUGGAGCUGUUGAUCUUGACAGUAUUUCAGCACGACAAUCAGUUCAUCUAUCCUCUGACUUGGGUAAUCGUGUUUGCAUUGGUUUUCACGGCUGUAUUACAGUUGUAUUAUUUAAAUCGUGGUGUUCAAUUGUGUGAUACCAUCAUUUUGGUGCCCCUCAACUUUUGCUCUUUCAACGUGUCCUGCUUGUUUAACGGCUUGGUGUAUUACAAUCAAUGGGAGAGACUAUUUUACUGGCAAGUAUUGGCCGUGCUUUUCGGCAUUGUGCUGUUGGUGUAUGGCGUCUUGGUGAUAUCAUUGCAGCCUUCAUCUUCAACAUCGACAUCCAGCGAUUCAAAUUCGACGUUGAGCAUCACACCAUCUGACUAUUCACAGCCUUUUCUCAAGACAGAUUCACUAGAUGAGGAGGAUGGCAUAUGCGGAACGACGUGGUGGACUCGAAUGAAGUUGAUCUAUAAAAAGUCAGAUUAUCAAAAACCACAUACCAGUGAACCUGAUGAGCACACAGGUUUAUUAACCUCAAUUUAA